AUGAAGUUUAAGCUACGUAAUCAAUAUAUCAGACAACAGAUGACAUCAGAAGUAUUCAACAGCAGUGGAUUGAUGGGCACUAUGCCCAAGAGAGUGAUUAUGCAAGCCGAAUAUUUCUGGGCUCAGGACCACGCCGCUGUCACUGGACCCAAAUCCCAAAUUGGGACAACAUUGAGCGGGAUGGCCCAAGGCCUGCUGAAUGCAGCAACAGAGACUGUGGGCACUGCGGCGCGUUUGAUAAACAGAUUCUGGAGAAGGUUUGCCUCUAAGGUUGCUGCAAGCCUUGGUAUACCAGGGGAGUUACAUGCUGUAUCACUACUGUACCAUACUACCAUCACUGAUCAGCAAUCAGCGACAUCACUUGCAUAUCUAUAA